AUGACCGAGCCCACCAUGUUACCGCCGCUGCCAACCCUGCCGCGGCCUCCGAUCCCUGAAAUGGUGUCCGUUGUGGACAACUGGAAAGGCAAGACAAGCCCGGCCGAGAGGAGGAAGAUCCAGAACAAGCUCAACCAACGGAUCUGGAUGCCAAGAAGCAGCUCACGACCCCGGCACGCCAUCAUCGUCCCCGUCCCCGUCCUCGUCCCCGUCCUCACAGACGCCCUGGGGCGCCCUGCCUACGAAGACGCCGAGAUGCAGCUGUCCCAGCCGGGGCCGCCCAGGAAAGUAAAGGAACCGCGCGUGUGCGUUUUGAGGGCAACGCUGACGGCCCUGGAAUACCUCGGCCGGGCGCGGCCGUUGAUUGAGCUCCGGGAGGAGGACAUGGACGACCUGUACGACCUGUUCCUGCAGCGUGCGCACGAGAGCCGGGCCCUGCGGGGCUCGGGCUCGGGCUCGGGCCCUAUGGCGGAUUUGCUACUGCCGCUGGUGCAGUUCAACCUGUUCCGUGGGCUGAUGGAGAACUCCAAGACGCUGGGCAUCACCCUGUCCAUGAUCCUAGACGACGACUGUGUCUCCCCGUACGCCAGCGACCCCGCGUACGGCGCCGGCAACGGGUGGGCCGCCGUCCUGCCGUCCGCCCUGCGGCCGACCCGGACGCAGCUGACGGCGUCGCACCACCCCUGGCUCGACCUCCUGCCCCUGCCGCGGCUGCGGGACAACCUGAUUGGGGCCGGGGACGCCUUGGGCGACGACGAGCUGUGCCUCGACCUGAUCGGGAACGGGGACGCGCCGUCCGGCCGGGGGGGCAUGAUCCUGUGGGGUGAGCCGUGGGACCCGAGGAGCUGGGAGGUGACGGAGGACUUUGUCGAGAGGUGGCGGUGGAUUCUCGAGGGGUGCGGGGAGCUAAUCGUGUCGUCCAACUACUGGAGGGCCAAGCGAGGAGAGAGGAGAAUGAGAGUGAAGCUAUGA